CUGGUUGUCCCAGCUUGCGCCCGGGCCCUGAGCCAGGGUGGCACGGAGGGAAAUCUGUUUCUUAAAGGUCUCGUAGACCCUUCACAUAUGAUGAUUUUGAUACAUUAGGUUAAAAUUGACAAACUUAGCUGUGGGGGGAGUGUGUGUGUGCUGAAUGUUGCUCGUCUGUGUGUGUGUGUGCUGAAUGUUUGCUCGUCUCAAUCCCCUAAACCAGGAAUCCGCGCUCCAACAGCCAUCCUCCUACAGAGGAUCCUUGCUUUGAUUCGGACUCGGGACUCCCGCCCUUCCCGCUCCCUCCCUUCCGGGCCUGGCUCCUCCCCACUGAACACCGGCCGGGAGCCGGACUCUCGGCUCUAGACUGUAGCCGGAGGCGGGAGCGCGGAGUGAGGGCGGGUUGGGGAAGGACCGAAAGCAGCGCAACACUAGGUUCUCUCCCCCUCGCCCCCAGCACCCGGACCAAUGAGAGAGUGAGCCGGCUCCGGGCCACGUUCCAUCUCGGAAUGUUGAUACAGCGCGCUGACCAAUGGGAGUGCACGGCAGGGGGAGGGGAGGUGGGCUGCACGCGCAGCUAGGGAGAGCUAGAGAGCGGGCGCGCGAGGGGGGCGUGGUCCCCCUUGUUGCAGACCCGGGAGCGCGGCGGAGCAAGCCACCCGGCCCGGUUCCAGGGCUAGGGGCUUCGCCGGCCUGCCGGCCGGGAGGGACACAGGGGAGUGGGGUGUACAGUGCGGGCAGGCCAAGGCUAGCCGCCCCCUCCCCUGGCACUGUGGCCCGGAACCGGCCCGGGGUCGCACUCCAUGGAGUCCCAGCGGGCUGUGGCGGCUGGUAGUCGGAUCUGCUCCCCGCCCCCGGGACUGACGGCUGCGGCCGCGCUCGGCUGCCCGGACUGUCCCCCUGGCCGGGGGCUAUGUUGCGGGGUUCUUCCGCCCUGCAAGCCUGCACCGACCGCGGCUCCCGGACAGGGCCCUGCAGGCAACGCCGUCUACACUGUGUUGGUGGACGAGUCGCUACUGAGGCGGAAGGCGGGGUCGGCCCCGGCCCUCGGGAGGCCCGGACAGCUGCAGCAGCAGGGGGCUAUCCAUUGCAGUGGCCAAGUGGGGCCAGAGGAAUUGCUGCCUGGGCAGAAAGCAGAGGAUCCAUGGGGCCUAGGGAGCUGGGAUGAGGCUGGAGACUGGGACCCGAGUGGGCUGCUGCAAUCUGCAUACAUCCCUGUCCCCAGACAGAGAUGUCCCCCUGGAAAGGCUGGGCUGGAUGAAGUCAUGGCUGCUGCUGUCCUUACCAGCCUGUCUACCAGCCCCUUGAUUUUGGGUCCCUCCUCAGUGCCCUUUGGCCCAGAGUCCUGCUGCGAUCCUUGGAAGGAAGCUUUGGCUGGGCCAUCUGGCAGUUAUAGCAGUAGCAGCAACAGCGGAGACUGGGGCUGGGACCCCCCCAGCGAUCAGUCGUCGCCAUCUACACCCUCCCCGCCACUGCCCCCGGAAGCUGCCCAUUUUCUGUUUGGGGACCCUGCGCCCCGGAAGAGGAAGAAUUCAGUGAAAGUGAUGUUCAAAUGCCUGUGGAAGAGCUGCGGGAAAGUGCUGAGUACCUCCUCUGGGAUACAGAAGCACAUUCGAACUAUGCACCUGGGGCGUCGGGCAGAACUGGAUCAGAGCGAUGGUGAAGAGGAUUUUUACUAUACAGAGCUGGACAUCAAUGUGGAUUCACUGACAGACGGCCUGUCCAGCCUGACCCCCAUGUCACCCACUUCCUCAGUACCCCCUGCCUUCCCCAGCCUGGACCUAGCUGUUCCGGCCCCAUCGGAGACCACAGCUGUGCCCACUAUCCUGAGCCCUGUGGUUCCUACCACUCUGUGCCAUGUCCACAGCGACCAUGCCUACCAGGGCUGUCUGACUCCAGGCCAUCCAGUUGGGACAGGGCAUAAGGGGCCCCAACUUUCCCAACCCACAGUCCUAAAGCCUUUUGUACCAGCCAUACCCUCUGGUCUCAAACCCACCACAGGCAUAAGGAAGCCUCGGGGUGAAGCCAAGAAGUGCCGGAAGGUGUAUGGGAUGGAGAACCGAGACAUGUGGUGCACGGCCUGUCGCUGGAAGAAGGCCUGUCAGCGGUUCCUCGAUUGAAGCCCAGCUUGUCCCAGCCCUGUCCCCAACCCCACUUCUUGCACAGUUUGCACUGCAGGUGCCUUGAAAUGCCCCCUCCCUGUCAGGAAGGCUAUUCCCUUCUCUCGUGACUUGGGGGCAGCCCCUCUCCCCUGUCCCUCUGGGGUCUCCAGAAGGCCCCUCUUCCAACCCAGAGCAGAUGGCCCAGCCUCUGCCCUCUCCUGAACUCAGCCCCCUGCUUUUUAAAAAAGGAAAUAAGCUAUUGUUCCCUGCCCCCCUCCCCCCACAGAAGGGCAGGUGGGUAGGAGGUGGUGCCCCAGAGGAUGCCUUCCUCCCCCCUGCCUUGUGGGCUCAUGUGGGUGGGGAUGUCUGUGACAACUCAAAAGUGCCUGAGGAAACCAGCAGUUUGCACUAAAACGCUGAGGGCUCUGGCCCAGCCCGUCCCCCCUCUCCAUGCUCACCUGUGCAGGGUGGCUGCCGAAGCCCCAGUAAAAGGAGCCUGGGCCCGGGGCCCAGACAGUCGCCCUGGGCUCACGGCUCCCGAAGUCGCCCUUCCUGUAGGUGACCAUGAUAUUCCUUUUGCUUUAGAGGCCGGAGGGGCUUCCCUUGGCCUUCGUGUCAUGUGUGUCGUGUGUCUGGUAUGUAUAGUGUGCCAGACUCGCUGGUGCCUGUGCCUUCGGAAGGAAUUUCUGGGGCUCCCUAAGCCGAACUCAGCAAAAGUAGACUGGGUGCGGGCGUGGGAGAGGGAAGCCAAGAUCUGUUUUUAGAGAUUUUACACCUUCGUGCGGCCUACGGAGGCGGCACGGAGUUGGCGGAGUUCUGGCCACGCCCCUACCCCUGGAUCUCCGCCUCCUGACUCAAGGCUGUGGAGGGCCCGUACAGCUGCAGCACGCCCACGGCCCCCGGGGUUCCAGCUGUGCCUUCCGCCCCCGCUCGGAGCCUCCGGCGCCGGCUCCCAGGCUGGGGAGGGGCUAGUUGCGGGGGCUGGAGCUGGCCGAAGGCUCUGGUGCCUAGUCCCCGCCCCCUGGAGAGGGACAGUGUCUAAUGCACUUUGAAAGGGAGCGUGGAGAGGCCUCCCGGCUCGGUCGGAGUAUUUCUCCCAUGCUCCCUCUCCAUUCCCUUCCCCGCGAUGCCGCCCCUUCUGGUGCGCUCGGCCUGGGCCCUGGAAUCGGGAAUCACAUUCCAAACUUUUUUCUUCGCAAACCGGUUUUCAUGAAACUUUCCUGCUAAACUAACGACGUUAGGUCUUCACUGAGAGUUUGAAGGGAAAGAAAAAUUGCACAGUCCGCGGGGUCCCCUCCGGCUUCCGUUCUUGACUGGGCUGGUGGGCCGGGUCGUGCGGACACUGUACCACGUAGGAGAAGCUCAGGUCUCUCGCUUUUGGCCCUCUUGGACACAGCUGUAUAAGGGCGAGAAAAGAAAGUAAAGAUUUUUUCGGUAUUUUUUUUCCAGAA